AACAACAGAGAAAAGAGCAAGAGCAAAUAAAAUUCUAGAGACGGACAAUUUGAGAAGAAGAAGAUAUGAUGUCAGAAGGUUCAAAAAUGCUAAAGGAGGCAGUGGGUGCCGGCGGAUGGACACGUGUCUGCGAUUCUUGCCGUGCCGCUGCCUGCACUGUUUACUGCCAAGCUGAUUUGGCCUACUUAUGUAUCGGCUGUGAUACAUGUAUUCAUGCUGUCAAUUCCGGUGCGUGGAUGCAUGAGAGAGUCUUGGUAUGUGAAGCUUGCGAAUGUGCACCGGCGUCUUUCAGCUGUAAGGCUGAUGCAGCUGCACUUUGUGUCAAUUGUGAUGCGAAAAUUCACUCUGCUAAUGCUCUUGCUCGUCGACAUCAACGAGUUCCGAUUUUGCCCAUAACUGGGAUCCUUGAUGGGCCUUCUGCCACCCACCGGAGUAGGCGUUACGGACCUAAAAUUCAUGUCGACGACGUGUUCUUGGCUCAAAAGACGGAAGAGGAUGAAGACCAAGAAGAUGAAACAAGCUCUUGGCUGUUACUUAACCCUGUAAAGAGUAAGAAUCAAAGUAACAACAAUAACAAUGGGUUUGUAUUUGGGAACGAAGUCGAAGAGUACUUGGAUCUUGAUGAGUAUAAUUCAUGUACUGAGACUUCUCAGUAUUAUGUUAAUGACAGUGUUGUUCCAGUUCAGUGUGUCACAGUAAAGCAACAAGAACAAGAGCUUCCACAGCAUUUACAACAGAAUUUUCAGAUAGAGAUGGAUUUUGAAGCUUCCAAAUCUGGAUUCAAUUACAGUAAUACUUCAAUUAGCCACAGUGUUUCAAUGUCAUCAAUGGAUACAAACAUUGUGCCAGACAGUAUCAACUUAAACGAAGUGUCAAAUUCGAACGGAUGUUCUUCGAAAGGAACAAUUGAUCUCUUUGCAAACCCACCAGUUCAGAUGCCAACCCAAUUCAGUUCUAGUGAUAGGGAAGCCAGGGUACUUAGAUAUAGAGAGAAAAGGAAAACAAGAAAAUUUGAGAAGACAAUUAGAUAUGCUUCAAGAAAAGCUUAUGCAGAGACUAGGCCUCGGAUUAAAGGCCGUUUUGCAAAAAGAACAGAUGCAGAAUUUGAAGUGGAUCAAAUGUUUUCUUCUAGUGUAAUGUCGGAAAAUGGAUACGGCGUCGUACCGUCAUUUUAAAUUUGAGCUUAUAGUAUAUAUACACUUAGUAACAAUUGUACUAAUCUUUUAUGUCUCUUUUAUUUUUGUUGUUUUUGUUUUUCUAAGCCAUCAAGUAUAAAAUGAGAAUUUACGCAUCGUAAUUUGUAAUUGCUGAUCAUUUUCUUCCUCUUCUGUAAAUACUCAGUAGUAUUAUCAAUGAAUUUGAAGGUUUAGUUUCAC